AUGGCGCAUAACGACGCGAAAUAUUCAUCAGAGCAUAUCACGUACUUGCAGCAAGUCGUUCGUCAUACGGUAGCUCGCGGAGAACGGAUGCAAAACGACAGUUCGCAGACAAACCAACGCUUGGCUGCUCGAAUCGAAGAGCUAGAAGGUCUGAAUGCGUCGUACAACCAACGGCUUCUCAUGGCUUGGCGGGAUCUGGAGACUGAGCGGAACAUACGGCACUAUGCUGUUGCUGCGCCUGAGCGUCACCAGCAAGAGCUGACAGCCUGCAGCGCCGCCCUUGCUGCGGCACAAAGAACGCUGGUCGUCAAAGACCUCCAGUUAAAGGAGAUUGCCCUGGAGUUGGACCGAACUCAAAGAAGAUUCCAUUUAGUUGAUACUCUGGUGGAUACAAUGCUUCUCGAAGAAGAUAGUCAACUGGAGAUGACGGAUCGGUCUAGACAGAUUACGGAUGUCAUUCUUGACCUCGAAAUCCAAAUGGAGGCAAGAUAUCGAAGUUUAUUAGCGAAAAAGGAUUCGGAAAUCCUAGAGCUACGUCACAUUCUUAAACCUGAAGUCGAUGUCAAGCAUCCUCGAAGGGCCCGAAGUGAACCAAGGUUUUAA